AAAAGAUAACCAAAAUCAAAUCAGCAAAACCCUCUGUUCCCUCUCCUCCAGGAAUUCUAAACUAGAGUGAGACGACAGUACAUACAAAAUCCUGUAUCUACACUACAUACCUUGUGCAACGACGUCGUAUGCAAAAUGUUCAGGAACCAGUACGACACCGAUGUGACAACAUGGUCGCCGGCGGGGCGUCUCUUCCAGGUGGAGUAUGCUAUGGAGGCGGUGAAGCAGGGCUCGGCUGCGAUAGGGUUGAGAUCGAAGAGCCAUGUGGUGUUGGCAUGCGUCAACAAGGCUAACUCUGAGCUUUCCUCUCACCAGAAGAAGAUCUUCAAGGUUGACGAUCAUGUAGGAGUCGCCAUCGCUGGCCUCACUGCCGACGGACGCGUCCUCUCCCGUUAUAUGCGUAAUGAGUGCAUCAACUAUUUCUACACGUACGAGUCUCAGCUCCCAGUCGGACGCCUUGUCGUCCAGCUCGCUGACAAGGCCCAGGUUUGCACACAGCGGUCAUGGAAACGGCCUUAUGGUGUUGGUCUUCUGGUUGGUGGUUUAGACGAAUCUGGGGCCCAUCUGUAUUACAACUGUCCCAGCGGUAAUUACUUUGAAUAUCAAGCUUUUGCAAUUGGGUCUCGGUCACAGGCUGCAAAGACAUAUUUGGAGCGCAAGUUUGUGAGUUUCAUGGCCUCAUCACGAGAAAAUCUGAUCAAGGAUGCACUUUUUGCAUUGAGGGAAACCUUACAGGGAGAAAAAUUGACGAGCUCUGUAUGCACAAUUGCUGUGGUAGGGGUGGGAGAGGCUUUCCACAUAUUGGAUCAAGAAACUGUACAGGCACUGAUCAAUGAAUUCGAGAUAGUAGGUGAGGAGGCUGCUGCACCUGAUCAAGCUGGUGUUGAUGAGCCUUCUGCUGCUGACGAUCAGGCGGCCCCUGUUGAUCAAAGUGCGGCACCGAUGGAUAUGUGAUGAUCAUUGUGCAAGAAAUAGUUUCAUUUUAAGAACUUUCCGUCCCCUAAACAAAAAGUGCUGGUACAUCUGGACCAUUGAGAUUUAGUUGGCACCGAAGGAAUAUCAUAUGUUCUGGUUGGAUAUUUAUUUUGUUAUGCUGUGAAACAAUUUGAGUUCCCAAUCGAAUUUAUCUUUUAAAUACAUUGACUGAAUUUUAUAUU